AGAAAAUUCCCUGCUUUCCGUCCUCCCUCCUGAAUCACCAACGGCGGCCGGCGGCGGCGGCGACUUUUUCUCCUCUCCGAACCAAGCUAUCGUUGCUUCUUUUCUAUAUUUAAAGUUUAAACCCGCACAUGGCUUCUUCUUCUUCCCUGUGUUGUCGUUUUCUUUGUCAGCCCAACACCAACUCCUCCUCUUCAAAUCUCUCUCCUUCCUUCACUCCAAAGCCGCCUUCUGCAUCUCUGUCUUUCAGCAGAUGUUCGACCAGAGCUCUUCCGUCCUCUAACUCCGCUACCUCUCUCAUCGUUGAUGAGCCCGACCCUGUUUUCUCCUCCGUCAAAUCAUUCGCCCCCGCCACCGUCGCUAACCUCGGCCCCGGCUUCGACUUUCUCGGCUGUGCUGUCGACGGCGUUGGUGACUUCGUCACCCUCCGCGUAGACUCCGAUGUCCGUCCCGGCCACGUUUCUAUUUCCGACAUCUCGGGCUCCCCAGGUGCCAGCAAGCUCACCAAAAAUCCUCUCUUUAAUUGCGCCGGCAUCGCUGCCAUUGCUGUCAUGAAGAUGCUCCGUGUUCGCUCUGUUGGACUCUCUCUCUCCCUCGACAAGGGCUUGCCUCUAGGUAGUGGCCUCGGCUCCAGCGCCGCCAGUGCUGCUGCAGCUGCAGUUGCCGUAAACGAGUUGUUCGGAGCCCCAUUAUCGGUUUCGGACCUCGUGUUGGCCGGGCUGGAAUCUGAGUCCAAGGUAUCUGGUUACCACGCGGAUAAUGUGGCCCCGGCGAUCAUGGGGGGCUUCGUCUUGAUUCGCAGCUACGAUCCCCUGGAACUCAUCCAGCUCAAGUUCCCGGGAAAUGCCGAAUUGUUUUUUGUGCUGGUGAACCCGGAAUUUGAAGCUCCCACGAAGAAGAUGAGGGCGGCAUUGCCACCGGAGAUAACCAUGUCUCACCACAUCUGGAAUUCCAGUCAGGCUGGCGCACUGGUAGCGUCAGUCUUGCAGGGAGACUUGAGGGGUUUAGGGAAGGCUUUGUCAUCCGAUAAAAUAGUGGAGCCGAGGAGGGCACCCCUGAUACCGGGAAUGGAAUCUGUCAAGGCCGCAGCACUUGAGGCAGGAGCAUUUGGCUGCACCAUCAGUGGAGCUGGUCCCACUGCUGUUGCGGUGACAGAUAACGAGGAAAAAGGCAGAGAGAUUGGAGAGAGAAUGGUGGAAGCAUUUAUGAAGGCAGGUGAUUUGAAGGCUGUGGCAAUGGUAAAGAGGCUUGACCGUGUGGGCGCUAGGCUUGUUCACAGCACGCCAUGACACCAUUGACUUUGAUGAAUUCUUCUGGUCUGACCAAAAAAUUGGCAGGCUGGUGGAAAGGAAAGUAAUGUAUCCGGAGGCUCCGGUGUUCUUCCUUUGAACUGCUAAUAGCGUAUUUUCAGCUAUUUUCAGAUAUCAUUUACUCUUGACUCUUAGUGUUGUUGUGCCCUAGAAUAAGUAUGAGAAAGAAAUUAGUGUCUUUUUGGCUCUCCUUUAGUUGUUGCAUGCUAUUGAAUGUCUUAUUGAUAUGUUUCCAAUAGUAUUUCCUAGUGUUUGAUCAUGAUUCAUUGUAGUGCAUUAUAUUUUU